UCCAGCUCACUUUCCCAUUCAGCUUCAGCUCACACACACACACACACACACACACACACACCGGAGCGCUGCCAAAGGAUUGCUCAGCAUUUCACACAGAGAGAGAGAAAGAGAGAGUCAGGGCAUAUCUCAAACUUAAACCUCACACAGAUCAGACACACACACACACACACACACACACACACGUGGUCAUACUCUUCCAGCCAGCCAGCCAGCAUGUCAGUGUUAAGGAUUGUCCAGGUGGUGUGUAUGGUGGUUUCAGCGAGCGUGGUGAUGCCUGACAAUUAUGAAGACGGCAUCGACGUCAACUACGCCGAUGCGUACUACAACGAGAUCAGCGAGGGAGAGCAGAGCGAGGCGGAUACCCACACCGUGACUCCGGCCGUUCCCUGCACGGCCCCCGAGUUCAGCAAGUGGGACAAGCUCUUUACCAUGCUGGAGAACUCACAGAUGAAGGAGAACAUGCUGCUGCAGUACUCGGACGACAUCGUGAAGUUGGGCCUGCAGUCUGUGCGAGCCGAGAUGCUGGAGAUCGCGGCGCAGAGCAGAGCCUCUUGCGCGGCCGCCGUGGAGAACUCGCUACGUCGGGCCGAAGCGCACAUCGAGGAGAAACUUCUGCAGGCCCUAGAGCAGCUGCGCGGCGUCUCGGCGCAACAGCAGGCGCGGCACGACGCAGUGCUGGAGCAGAUCCUGGAGGCCACUAAGGAACAGGAGGCACAGCUCGAUAAGGUGGGGAAAAACUGCAUACAUGACCAGGUCAAGAGUUUCCAGACUAGACAUCUGGAAAAGGAAGAUAGAGGACAAGCCUUCGCUGCUGAGCUGCGAAACCUAAACGAGAAGCUGGACUUCUACACAAGAGCCACAGCUGGACAAGUACUCCCUGCAGGGUGUGACAUGGCCCUCUUCUUCCCUAUGCGCUCUCCGAAAACGCACGCCGAGGUAACCCCCCAGCGCUCCAUGAAGACCCGUGCCUUCACCGUAUGCCUGUGGAUUAAACCGACCCAAAUGCUUAACAAGACCGUGCUGUUCUCUUACGGCACCGCGACCAACCCGCUGGAGUUGCAGCUGCUGCUCAGUGGGCGUAGCGCCCUCUUCACAGUAGGAGGAGAAGCACAUUUAGUGGAGGCACCCGGUGCUGCAACCGAGGGAUCGUGGGCGCAUUUGUGUGGGACCUGGAGCUCAGAACAGGGCCUGGCAUCGCUCUGGGUAGGCGGCCAAAGAGCAGCGAGUUCGCCCGGUGUAGCCGAGGGGCACGAGAUCCCUGCCGGCGGCGUCACCAUCCUGGGCCAGGAGUACAACGGUGAGGGUCUGGCCAAGAGAUUAGGCUUCCAGGAGACGUUCAACGCCGACGAGGCGUUCACAGGGAAGCUGAGCGGCGUAAACGCGUGGGACCGCGUCCUGGACGAGGACGAGAUAUCCGAGCAGGCGCGACCGGACGGACGGACCUGCGGUUCCCGUGGCAACCUGGUGGCCUGGGGUGUGUCUCAGAUUGUCGAGGGAGGAGGCGUCAAGCUCAUCAACUAGCUGCUCGAUUAAAAAAAUUUUUUUACAAACGUAAAAACCUGCACGAAAGCUUUCAAACUUCAAACACAACUAAUCACGUUAUGCUUAGAUCAAUAAAACCCACUCGCUUGUGGGGAAACCGUCUUCCAUUUACACUCACCGAUAUUACAGAGAGACUGAACUACGAGAACCAAAGAGUAUUUGUAAUGGCAAGUUUACGCCUGCAUCGUUGAAAAAAAUAGGGACACGUUCUCAUUUCCUUUCAUCACCCCGAACCCGAAGACAUCCUGCGUAUUCUUACAGUAUUUAUCAGAACGUUUACAUUCAGCUAACACUUUUUUUUUUUUUUGUCCCAUAAUCUUUUGAAACUACUAUUAUUUUUUUUUUUUUUUAACGAAGUAACUUGUUUUUCCUUUGUUGUUCUUUGUUUAACACAAAAACGUUCACUAGGUUUUGGUAAAGGAACUGUGUAAAAUGUUUACAAAGUCUCUCUGGACUUUACCUUCAUCCUUCAUUCAAUGUGAGGAAAUGUACUAUACUGUAUUUUUGUUAAGAUGAAAUGAACCUAUAUUGUAUAUAGAUCUUUUUCCUUUUUUUUUUUUUUUUGUGUGUGUGUGUGUGUCUAUUACCAAAGGAGUGAGAUUGUGGAGUUUUAAUAAAGAAAACUUAAAUAUAGUA